AUGCCGGUUCCCGCUAUGGCAACCGCCACUGCCAGGUCUUUCUUCUGGGAGGUCUUCCCACCCAUGCCCACCUGCCGGGUGUACUGCAGCCCUGCGUACCAGGACGGGCACCUCUUUGUGGUGGGGGGCUGCGGCCAGGCGGGGCUGCCCCUGGACUCCGUGGAGAUGCUGGAUGUGCAUUCCCAGAAGUGGACGAUGCUCCCUCCGCUCCCCACGCCCCGGGCCGGGGCCGCUGCUGUGGCUGUGGGGAAGCAGGUCCUGGUGAUGGGGGGCAUGGAUUCCAGACAGAGCCCCCUGGCCUCCGUCGAAGUCUUCAACACAGAUGAGGGCAAGUGGGAGAAGGUGGCGGCCCUGGCCCAGCCAUCCAUGGGCAUCUCUGCCAUCGAGAGAGACGGUUUGGUCUAUGCUCUCGGGGGGAUGGGCGCAGACACCUCUCCUCAGGCGCUAGUGCGGGUCUAUGAGCCAGCGACCGCCCACUGGCAGCUUCUGCCCUCCAUGCCCACCCCCUGCUAUGGGGCAUCUGCCUUCCUGCAGGGCAACAAGAUCUUCCUCCUGGGGGGGAGGCAGGGCAAACUGCCCGUCACAGCCUUCGAGGCCUUCGACCUGGAGACGAGGAGCUGGACGCGCUAUCCCAGCGUCCCCAGCCGGCGGGCCUUUGCCGGCUGCGCCAUGGCUGAUGGCUGCUUCUUCAGCCUUGGGGGCCUGCAGCAACCGGGACCCCACAACUUCUACUCCCGGCCCCACUUUGUCAACACGGUGGAGAUGUUCGACCCGGAGCAGGGGGCCUGGAGCAAGCAGGGCCGCGCCGUGCGCAUGCGGGAGAAGAGAGCCGACUUCGUGACUGGCUGCCUCGGCGGGCGAGUGGUGGCGGCCGGAGGCCUCGGGAACCAAUCGUUUCCCCUGGGCUCAGUGGAAGGAUUUAGCAUACCAAGGAAGAAGUGGGAGCUGCUGCCCUCCAUGCCCACCGGUCGUUGCUCCUGCUCCAGCUACCAGGCCCCGAGCCUGCUGUUCGUGAUCGGAGGGGUGGCGCAGGGCCCCAGCGGCGCGGUCGAGGCUCUGUGCCUGCGAGAAGGGGCCUGA